AUGUCAUUCGGAGGAAAAGAAGAAUUCAAUAAAAUCAACGCUUUCUUUAUCGGGCCCAAGGGCGCCAACCUGCCCGAUUUCCGGGCUAACAUCAAUACUAUCCUAGAUGAGCUGCUAGAGACCAGGCUGGAUUACAUGCCCAAUGACACUAAAUUCAUUUCGAAAGAUGUCCGGCGUUCAGAAGCCUUCUCCAAAGUUCGAGACACGGUCGGAAAUGUAGUGAGAAAGACUGCCCAGGUACUCGGAGCACAUUCAGUACCCUUCUGGACGCCGCGGUAUGAAGGCCAUAUGAGUACAGAUGUAACCAUGGCAUCCCUGCUGGGGUAUUUCAUGACCAUGCUGUAUAAUCCCAACAACGUGGCUCUCGAGGCUAGCCCUUUAACUACCGUGGCGGAGUAUGAAGUCGGGCAGCAGCUAUGCCGUCUCUUCAGAUACAACACCGAUACAAAAAAGAAAGACUUGCCAUUGGCAUGGGGUCACAUCACUUGUGAUGGUACUAUUGCCAAUCUAGAAUCUAUCUGGGUCGCGCGAAAUCUGAAGUUCUACCCUUUGGCACUUCAAUGGGCUAUGAAUACUGAGGGCGCGCUAUCCUUCAUACCAAACUUCGAGGUUGAUUCCUGGGCCGGUAAAGAUAAAGGGGAAAUCCCGAAAGACUUCAGGUCUCUGAAUACGUGGGAGUUGCUUAACCUACGGCCCAAGACAGUCCUUAACCUGCCAGACAUUCUGAGAGAGCGGUUUGGGAUUACCAGUGAUUUUCUGACAAAGGCUCUAAAGGAGUUCAAUAUUCAAACAAGAGGCCGAGAGCCAUUGGAGCAGAAAUUUGGGAUUGAACAGCCAAUUCAGUAUCUUAUAGGAAAGACUCGGCAUUAUUCUUGGCCAAAGGGGGCCGCAAUUACCGGUCUCGGUGACGGGAAUAUCACCGAAAUCGAUGUCGAUUUUGAUGCCCGCAUAGACAUUGAUUUGCUCGAGAAAAAGCUCAAGGAUUGUGCCGAAAAACAUCAGGCCGUCUAUGCUGUGGUAGCUAUUAUGGGCUCAACGGAGGAAGGAGCAGUGGAGCGGCUAACCGACAUCCUGAACAUUCGGGAGAAAAUGCAAAAUGAAUAUGGAAUGUCAUUCCUUGUUCAUGCCGAUGCCGCGUGGGGCGGCUACUUUGCUACCAUGCUGAAUCCAGAAAAAGAGCAGCCUGAAGGAAGUCCAGAAAAAGAGAAGCCUGGAGGAAGAUCAGGAAAAGAGAAGUCCGGAGAAAACGAUCCUAAUGGACUUGUACCGUCCUUGUGUCUGAAAGAGAGUACCGAGGAGGAUCUCCGAAAGCUGAAAGACGUCGACUCUAUUACUGUUGAUCCACACAAAGCCGGCUAUGUUCCGUAUCCAGCGGGAAGUCUGCUGUACCGCGACGGUAGAAUGAGGUAUUUGGUGACGUGGUCAAGCCCAUACCUAUCACAGGGUUCAUCGGAAAACAUUGGCAUCUAUGGGGUAGAAGGAAGUAAACCUGGGGCCGCUGCUAUGUCCACGUGGCUUUCAAACAUCGUCGUUGGUCUUCAUUCUCACGGUUACGGCACGCUUCUUGGUGAAGCAGCGUACACCAGUGCCAUACUAUCUGCACACUAUGCUACGAUGGGUCAUACACCUAACGAGGAGGGAACAAACAAGUACUUUGUCUGUGUGCCCUUUAAUUUACUGAACGAAGAAAGAAUGAAGGGAGAAAAGCCAGAGAAUCCAGGUGGAGAAUAUCCCAAAGACGGGAAAAGCUUCUUUACAGAAAAGGUGCUGCGGAAGAGGCAACGGAUCCGAGAAGCUAUCAUCAACAAAGACAAUGCAAAGAUUCAGCAGGACGAAAACACGAUUGAAGCGCUCCGCGAACUUGGCUCGGACUUGAACAUCAAUGCGUUUGCACUCAACUGGUAUGAUGAAGAUGGGAAUUUGAAUACUGACCUCGAGGAAGCGAACUACUUAAUGAAGCAAGUUGUGGACAAGCUGUCUAUUACUUCCCCUGACACAAAGCCAGCGGAAAUACCCCUAUUCCUAACAUCAACAAAAUUCGAGCCAAAGCUCUACGGCAAAUGCGUCCGGAGAUUUAUGAAUCGACUAGGUGUCAAACCAUGUGAGGAGGAUAUGUUUGUGAUACGCAACGUGGUCAUGAGCCCAUUCCCAACCCAAGGGGAUUUCGUAGGUCGCCUUAUGAAGGACUUCGAAGAUGUUAUUAUCGAAAAAGUUCAGGAGUGCCGUGUUCGAAACAAGAAAGGCAGCAGAAAGGUCAAGUUCCUGGUGCAGGGCAAUACUAAAGUGUUCCUAGUCUUGCAGACAUCAUUCCACUGGGCUACUCUACGGCAACAGGUUAUCGUCGAGGCGGAAUUGGACGAUCGUCUCCAUGAAAAGUACACACGCCUCAAGGCCGACUAUCCGGGGGACACAAUCAUACUUGAAUCCGAGAAAGAGAUUGACCUGGAGGCGGAGCUAACGAAAUUGGCGUCUGGCAGCACCUCGUUCGGGGCCAAGAUUUACAGGAAGACAGAUCCGAAAACUCACUACACAGGCAGCGUGAAGUUAACACAUGUGGUCAAAAGCCGUCCUCUUAACUCUAUUUAUCGAGACCUUGAAUAUCCUCCAAAGUUCAUGCCUUUCUAUCUCUAUGGCACCAAGGAGGAGAAGCACAUUACGCAUAUGCUCCUCAAAGCCCCUAACGCUGCGCUCUCCGCCAGCAAUGUCACCUUUGCUCCGGAGCUGGGUGAGGAUGCUUACGCCGAACUGGCUUCUGGGCUCAUAGUGACCCUGUCAGGGAAUCCUGAGGCUCCCAUGCAGCCAUUCCUAACUGACGCCGAGUUGCGGGAUCCCAACUCUAAGUAUGUGUUGCCGGAAGAAUUCCCCUUCAAGAGUCAAGAGCAAUUCAACGUGAAAGUCUGGAAAGAUCCCAAUGGGCCAGAGGCAAAGGGCCCAGGGCUGCUAAAUGGCCUGGAACGCUCAUUUGGCACCUUUAAGAUGACUCUGGGUGUUGACGUGGACGUGGAUGCAAAAGGACCCAAUGAACUCCCAGAAGGAGUCCCCGGUAAACCUGGUGUGGAGGAUCCUAAGUCAGUUAAGGAGGAGCUCAACGAUAUCGAGAAACUAAUCACCGACAGUCGUGGAAGCGCUUCUUAG